AUGUCCAGAGACGCCUAGUAACUUUUCAGAUUCUAUCAAGACCUUUCUCACUUAACUCAAAGAGGAAGCACUAUUGCAGAGUAUGUCUGGAUCGACGGAAGUGGUAUUACACUCAGAUCAAAAGCAAAGACUAUUACUAAGAAAGUCGAAAAACUUGAAGAUAUCCCUGACUGGAAUUAUGAUGGUUCAUCAUGCUAUUAGGCUUCAACCCACAAUUCUGAGGUCAUCAUGAAGCCUAUUGCUUUCUACCCUGACCCAUUCAGAGAAGGUGAUAACAUCAUUGUCUUGACUGAGACUUUUGUCUGGGCUGAUGAUACCUUCAAAACCCUUGUUCCAGCUAACACUAACUUCAGACAUUUCGCCAAGAGGAUCUUUGAAAGUGGAGAUCAUGAAAAACCUUGGUUCGGUAUUGAAUAGGAGUAUUCUCUCUUAGAAACCAAGAAUAAGUUCGUCAUCAAGCCACUUGGAUGGCCAUCAUCUGGGUUCCCAGGCCCAUAAGGCCCCUACUAUUGCUCAGUUGGAGCCAACAACUGCUAUGGAAGAGCAAUCAUGGAUGCUCACUACAAAGCAUGUCUCUUCUCUGGAGUCAAGAUCUCUGGAACCAACUGUGAAGUUAUGCCUGGUUAAUGGGAGUACCAAGUAGGACCUUGUGAAGGUAUUGAAGCUGGAGAUAUGCUCUGGGUAUCAAGAUAUCUUCUAGGUAGAGUCGCCGAGGAUUUUGGUGUAUCAGUAUCUUUCGAACCUAAGUUAUUCAAGGACUGGAAUGGUGCAGGCUGCCAUACCAACUUCUCAACUACAACAAUGAGAGCAGGUACAGGUGGAAUGGAUUAUAUCCACGGCCUUAUGGAAAGAAUGUCAAGUAAGCACAGAGAGCACAUUGAACUCUACGGAGACAACACCAAGAGACUAACAGGUCAUCAUGAGACAUCAGAUCCAACUAAAUUCUCUUAUGGGGCAGGUAACAGAGCUGCAUCAGUCAGAAUUCCAACAUCAACUGCUGCCGAUAACGGAAGAGGUUAUAUUGAAGAUAGAAGACCUGCUUCAGAUAUUGAUCCAUACGUUGUUGGAGCCGCCAUCAUUGAUACAUGUAUCCUCGACGAGUCUCUCCUUAAACCACUCUAUGAACACUACACUGCAUGGAAAGCAUGGAGACCAACUGCUGGUAUCGAGGAAUGA